AUGCUAUCGAAAAUUAAAUUAUUGGGGUCACGUAAAUGUUUCUCAACCUGGUCUAUUUUGGCUCACGAAAAUCCAUUAGGAAUACCGAGAUUGGCUGGUAAACCAAAUUCAAUUCCAAAAGCAUCAAAGGGUUUACCAAUACGACAGAAAAUUCCUAACGUGUCGAACAUAAUAUUGAUUUCAUCAGCAAAGGGAGGGGUUGGAAAAUCCACUGUAUCUGUAAACACCGCAUUGGCAUUGAACAGUCUAGGCAAAAAAGUUGGAAUAUUAGAUGCAGAUAUUUUUGGUCCUUCAAUACCCAAGCUAAUGAACCUAAAGGGUGAACCACGAUUAUCGAGUCUGGGUAAAUUACUUCCGUUAUCCAAUUAUGGUGUACAAACUAUGUCUAUGGGGUAUUUAAUAGAUGAGAAGCAAGCGAUCACAUGGAGAGGCUUAAUGGUUAUGAAGGCAUUACAGCAAUUGCUUUUCGAGGUUGAGUGGUCGCCUAUUGACUAUCUUGUUGUAGACAUGCCUCCUGGUACAGGCGACACACAAUUAUCCAUUGGUCAAUUGUUGCAAAUAACGGGGGCAAUAAUUGUCAGCACACCUCAAGACAUUGCUUUAAUUGACGCAGUGAAAGGUAUUACAAUGUUUAAUAAAAUCAAUAUUCCUCUUAUAGGCAUGGUUCAAAACAUGAGUCAUUUUAUUUGUCCUAACUGCAAACAUGAGUCACACAUAUUCAAAAACAAAGGUGCUGAAAGAGUGGCAUUGGAAAACAAUUUGAAAGUGUUAAGCUCUAUACCUUUGAAUGAAGAAAUAUGCGUUCAAAGUGACGUUGGAAAACCAAUAGUUAUAUCUGACCCCAAUUCAGAAAUAGCCAAGCCAUAUUUUGACAUAGCAAAAGCCAUUGUUGAUUUUAAAUAG